AUCAGCGGAAGCAUCGUCAUUUGUCACGUGUGAGGAGUAACGGUGAGCCGGAAGUACUCGGUGUGGGGUCAUUAGGAAGAAAGAAGCCGCCGGAUCAGUAUGAAUACUAGAGGUCUUCGAUCACAGCUGAAGGACAGCAUCCCCGUCACAGGGCUGUGUCCGCAGUCGGGAACCUAUGGCGUACCUGACACACUGCGCAAGGGCUUCUCCAGCGUGAAGAACGAACUCCUGCCCUCCCACCCCCUGGAGCUCUCCGAGAAGAACUUUCAGCUCAAUCAAGACAAGAUGAACUUUGCCACGCUCAGGAACAUUCAGGGACUUCAUGCACCUCUGAAACUGCAGAUGGAGUACAAGGCAGCAAAACAGAUACAGCGUUUGCCCUUCCUUCAGAGUUCAAACAUUGCACUAGAUACUCUCAGAGGAAAUGACGAGUACGUUGGUUUUGAGGACAUAUUGAACGAUCCAGCACAAAGUGAAGUCAUGGGGGAGCCCCAUGUCAUGGUGGAAUACAAAACGGGUUUGCUGUAAAAAAAUUCACGUUACUCUGUGUGAUUGUUUGACAUAAGACAAAUGUGAUUCUUUUUGCUAUAUUCUAACCAUACAGGACAAAGUAUUUUGCAUGGUUAGAAUCAAAUUAUCGUUUAAAGAUUUCUAAUAAAGCUUUGUUUGCUCUCUUUAUUUAGUA